AUGUCCGACCGCACACAGCUCCCUUCCAACGAGGAGACAAGCCCUUCACACGCCCAACUCUUCAUCGCCGUCAGCCCCCCUCUGGACUUUAAACCCAAGAUCGAUUUUCAGGUCCCCAGCCGCUGGAUGUUUGCCGCCCUCAACCCCAUCACCACGACCUGGCUCACCGCCCAAGGUCGUCAGAAUGAAGCUCGCUACGCUCUCGUAAAGUAUGACGGCCCCCCCGCACACUCCAAGUUCUUUGAGGUUGCCAGCAUUCCGAUCUCUGAACUUGGUGAUGUUGAAGCUCGGGUUCGUUCCGUGCUUCCUGAGGAAAACCCCCAAGGCGAGGCGGCGUUCAAUCGCCAGUAUGUGCGUGAUGUCCUGAAGAAUCUGGUUGACGGUGGUAUCCUUGGCGAGGACCGGGCCCGUGAUGCUUUGCUCGCGGUUGAGACCUUUUCCGAACUUCAGUUGAAGGAAUCCUAA